AAAAAAAUUAAUUGAAAGAAUCCUGAUAUUUAGGUUUGGUCUCUGAAAGGUUAUCUUUCGCAUCUUUCAUUUAAAUGAAAUGCAGUACUGCCUGUAUUUUAGAGCACAGAUUUAGUUGGAAAAUAUAGGCCUGAAAUCAUAAAAGCAUGCCAGAGCAUUUGCAACCUCAGAUGAGCAUAUGAGUUUCUCUAUUGUUAAUGCUAUUAAUUGUUUACUUAUUUUCAAUUUUCAAUGGCUGCAGGUUCCCCUGGAAGUGACUGAACCUUUAGAUUGUAAACAAAUAAAGGGAUUAAAGCUUGGUUUAUCUGGUGAUCACCAAUUCUAUAAUGCUGCUCUUGCGGUCUCACUUUGUAGAUGCUGGCUUCAGAAAACUGGGAACUGGGAAAAGAAAUAUCAAAAUCAAUUUCAGGAUUAUAAUUUGCCAGAUGAAUUUAUGAGAAGCCUUUCAAAUGCGCAUUUUUCUGGAAGGGCUCAGAUUGUUUAUGCCUCCACUUCAAAUUCCCACUGUUCAGAAAUUGUGUCCAAAAAUUGUGGAGAGUUGAUAUUUUAUUUGGAUGGAGCUCAUAGUCCGGAGAGCAUGGAGGCUUGUGCAAAGUGGUUCUCUAAUGCUGUAGAAAUUCCAUCAAAAUCGUCUUUUGAAGUGCAAAAGGAAGAUGGAUCUUCAGAAAAUGGUCACAUACUACACAAAGGAAAUACCUUGGGGCAGUUUGAGAAAUCUUUUAAGCGGAUUCUCCUAUUCAAUUGCUUAGAUGUGAGAAAUCCCUAUAUUUUGCUUCCACGACUGGUGAAUACAUGUGCUUCUUCAGGUGUUCAUUUCUCAAGAGCACUUUUUGUCCCAAAUAUGUCAAAAUAUAGUAAGGUUGUUUCUGGUGCAUCAGUUAUUUCUUCUGAUCUCCAUGGCAUAGAUCUUUCAUGGCAAAUUAACCUCCAAAGAAUUUGGGAGAAGAUUACACACGGGAAAGAAAUAACCGUGCCAAUUGAAAAGGACUUCAAGAUAGAUAGCAAGGAGAUCGUACCACCUCCCGAGUUUCUUAACGAUAAUGCUCCGAGUGGUGGUCACUCUCAUAACUGUUUUGCGAGCAGUGCAGUAAUACCUUCAUUACCAUUGGCAAUCAAAUGGCUGCAGGAUUGUGUCAAAGAGCACCCUUCUACAAGACUUCAGGUUCUUGUCACUGGAUCGCUGCAUCUUGUUGGAGAUGUGCUAAAGCUCUUGAAAAGAUGAUUUAAAUUGAAGAAUACAAGUGCCUGUCUUGGCUAUUGAAACUUUUGUUGUAUCAAAAUCUUGUCAUUCUGUCAAUCCUUUAAGCAGACAUUGAGCUCAUGUGAUUGCUCAAUGGUCUGACAAUUUUCAUUCUUUACAAUUCUGACCAAUUAUGUGCUCAAUUGUUUACACCACGCCAAAAAUGGAAAGAUUUUUUU